CCUUCCGACUCAGCGCCAGCGCGCCACCUGUUUCCGCAUUCCGCCAUCUGCUGCUGGGGUUUUGGACAAAAUCGCUCUUCCCAUUUCUCGCGUCCCCAGGCCAAGAGACCACGAGCAAGGCCGGCCACUCCCCUCCCCUCUCGAUCCACGUUUUUUUCACCCAUCUCCCUGCCUCCAGGGAUCUGCUCGUCCUGGAAGGAGAGGAGGACGCUGGAGGCGGCGAGGAUUCGCGAGCUGUUUUGGUAGCGGGAAAUGAGGAUUUGCGAAUUGGGAGACGGUGACGGGGUGCUGGCGAGGCAGCAGGAGCAGCAGGAGGAGGAGGAGGUCAUACGGUUGAAGGCGAAGCGCGCGCUCGUCGGCGCCGGCGCGAGGGUGCUGUUCUACCCGACGCUGCUGUACAACGUCCUGCGCAACCGGUUCGAGGCGGACUUCCGGUGGUGGGAUCGCGUCGACCAGAUCAUUUUACUUGGCGCCGUCCCGUUUCCAAGUGAUGUUCCACGUUUGAAGCAACUUGGAGUUCAAGGAGUUGUAACGUUGAGUGAACCUUAUGAGACUCUUGUCCCAACAUCUUUAUUCCAGGCCCAUGAGAUUGAGCACCUGGUAAUUCCAACAAGAGAUUAUCUGUUUGCACCUUCGCUCGAGGAUAUUUCUCAAGCCAUAGAUUUCAUCCACCGGAAUGCAUCACAAGGUGGCACUACCUAUGUCCACUGUAAAGCUGGAAGAGGACGUAGCACCACUAUUGUAUUGUGCUACUUGAUUAAAUACAGGAGCAUGACCCCUGAAGCAGCUUUGGAUCAUGUCCGAUCCAUUAGGCCUAGAGUACUUUUGGCACCAUCGCAGUGGCAGGCUAUUAACACAUUUAGGACUCUCGUCACUGGACAACUUCCAGUACGAAGUACAAACCUGGGCACUUUCCUAGAAGCCGUUGAAGCUUGUCGCGCAAACACAGAAAAUGAUGAGUACCAUGCAAUGGAGUUUGAUUACGAAGACAGCGGUUUACCACUAACCCAAAUUAUGCUACAUAGACCAGCCAGCCCCACUGAGUGCAUCGAUGCGGUCCUUAUAACAGAAGCAGAUCUUGAGGGCUAUGAUAAGUAUGUCGAUAUCAGAACGAACGCAUUGGAAGCAGCCACUCGCAGGCCCAUCAUGAGGAGAUUGUCCUGUCUCUUUGGCUCCCUGAAACUUAAUAACAGCAGCUGUGUGCCAGCACCAAGCCGGUUCACAGAGGUUCGCGCGUGCUAGGUAACGUCUUCCCCGAUAGGCCAUCAGCCAAAUAGGUUUGUAGAAGCUGCGGAGUAUCUAUAGCCAUGCCAAUGCCAUCGGUAAGAAAGUUGUGUGCAUAUACAUAGAGGUUGCAGUCCUUGAGUGUAGAGUUGUGAAUGCGUCGACUAUCCUUGUUUUUCCUCGAAAACUUGUGAUUCAGUUGCACCAUUGUUCCCUUGGAAUAAAGAGGCAAUUCCAGGUUCCAGCCAACGGGAGCCAACCAUGA